GGUUAGAAGGCGCACAUCACUGGGAGGACUUAAAACCAUCUCCUGCACCAGCACCACAGACCUCCGGGUGCAAUUGCUGCGAGAAUGAUUAAGAAAAUGUCCCAAUGCGAGAAUGAGUUCAACAUACCGGCCAAGAAUUGCCACAGGUUGGUGAUCCUGGGCUCCACUGAAGUUGGGAAGACCGCCAUCAUUUCUCGGUUCCUCAACGACCGAGUUGACGACCAGUACACACCCACCAUUGAGGACUUUCAUAGGAAACUCUACGGCAUCAGGGGGGAAGUUUACCAACUGGACAUUUUGGACACGUCCGGGAAUCAUCCGUUCCCCGCAAUGAGGAGGCUUUCAAUUCUUACUGGUGACGCGUUCAUCUUGGUAUUCAGUCUGGACUGCAGAGACUCCUUCCAGGAGGUUCAGCGCCUGAAGCGCCAGAUUUACGAGUCCAAGUCCUGCCUGCGAAACAAAACCAAGGAGAACGUGGACGUCCCGCUGGUGAUCUGCGGCAACAAGUGUGACAGAGACUUUUACCGGGUGGUGCAGGAGGACGAGAUCGAGCAGCUGGUCGGUGGCGAAGAGCACUGCGCUUACUUCGAAGUAUCGGCUAAGAAGAACACCAACGUGGACCAAAUGUUUCAGACUCUCUUUACCAUGGCCAAGCUGCCGAACGAAAUGGGCCCCGGUCGGCACUGCAAGGUCUCCCUGCAGUACUGCGAAGUACUUCGGCGAAAGUCCCUGAAAAGCAAGAAGUGCAAAGACGGGAACGCCUAUGGUGUUGUGGCACCGUUUGCGCAGAGGCCCAGCGUGCACAGUGACUUGAUGUACAUAAAGGAGAAAGCUGUAGGAGGCAGCCGAGCUAAAGAGAAGGGCUGCAUCAUAUGCUGAUGCAUUUUCUUGGCAAAGGACUUUCUGAGACGUCCCAGAGCUGAAGCGUAUAGCUGCUGAGCAUUCAGGGCGCAUGAGUCCGAAUACUGUACUGUAGACUGCAUUGGAAUCCGAACUGUGACGAGACGCCUACAUGGCGAAGGUGCCUCUAUAUAUAUCUGCCUCUAUAUUAGAUUGCCGAGAUGGGACAUGCAGGGGAAAGCAAAGUUUACGACCCCCCACCCCAACACACACACACACACACACACUGGACCGUGAAUGUUUUUGGCAUUACGAACAAAUUUGAAUCCGAAUGUGUAUUUAUUAUAACCACCGUCAACUUUUGGUUACAAGAGAAUAAAACUUC